GUAGCCAUGUACAGCUCAUAGCAGAAACUCCCAUCAUUAAAGUGAUAAGGGGAAUAUACAGUGCUACGCUGUUAGAGCACAGCAAACGUCUCUUUCUACAUUCGGGAUAAUGAAUAUUAUUGUAGAAAUCCUUCUGCUGCUUCUCACCAUCAUCUACUCAUACUUGGAGUGUCUGGUGAAGCUAUUUAUUCCUGUGAAAAGAAAAUCAGUGAGUGGAGAAAUAGUCCUCAUCACGGGGGCUGGUAAUGGCAUAGGAAGGGUUACAGCUACAGAGUUUGCUAAGCUUCACAGCAUCUUGGUGUUAUGGGAUAUUAAUAAGAAUGGUGUUGAAGAAACCGCUGCACAAUGCAGAAAGAUUGGAGCAACGGUAUAUACAUAUGUAGUGGACUGCAGCAAACGGGAAGAGAUCAGUAAAGCUGCUGAAAAGGUGAAACAAGAUGUAGGAGAUGUUAACAUUCUUAUAAAUAAUGCAGGUGUUGUGUUCUGUGCCGACCUACUAUCAUUAGAGGAUAGUCAGAUUCAGAAGAUAUUUGAAGUAAAUGUGCUAGCUCACUUUUGGACCACGCGAGCAUUUCUACCAUCAAUGAUGAGAAAAAAUCAUGGGCAUAUUGUGACUAUCGCUUCAUCAGCUGGACUUUUUGGAGUCCCCUUUAUGGUGGACUAUUGCUCCACUAAGUUUGCUGCGGUUGGAUUCCAUAAAGCACUGACUGCAGAGCUUUCAGCACUACAGAUGUCAGGAAUAAAAACAACGUGCCUUUGCCCUGUUUUCGUGGAUACUGGCUUUGUAAAAAAUCCAAGUACAAGAAUUGCACCUGUUCUAUUACCUGAAGAUGUGGGCAAGAAGUUGGUGGAUGGUGUUUUAAUUAAUAAGAAGAUCAUUUGUAUCCCACCUUUUGUGUCACUGUCUGGAGUAUUAGAAUUGUUUUUUCCAGAACGUGCUUUAAAGGCUAUCACAGCUCUCCAAGGAGUAAAGUUUGAUGCAAAAGUGCGGCGCAUUGAAAAGGACAAGUAGACAAUAUCAAUGUUUGAAAUACUUCACUAUCUAUGUCAAUAGGGAUAGAAUUUAUAAUUUACCUAUGGUUAAAUUGAAAUAAAUUGAUAUAUGAGGCCUUAAGAUCAAUAAAUGGGUAUUCCACAUUAUCCAUGGUUAUUAGGAGCGCAAAGGGUUUGCAAUACAAUAUAAAAUACUGCAAUUAUUGAUACAAUGUUGUUUUUCUAACCAUAUCUUAAAGUAAGCCUGCUAUUUAAGCAUAUUAAGGGUAGGGUAGCACGUGCCGUAUUUUGCUGCUGUGUAUUUUCCUUCCCAUUGAAGUCAAUGGGUGGCAAAAUCAUCUGCAGAAAAUACGCAGCAAAAUACGGCACAUGUGACCCUACCCAUACAGUGAAAAAUAAACACUUCCCAGCUGCUAGCUCAUAUUAAACAAAAAAAAAAGUUUCCAACAGUGCCUUUUUUUUGUAUUUUUGCACCAUUUCAGUCCUAGGGUAGCACCCAGCUUCUUAAUUACUGCUGUUUAUUUCUUUUUGCUCUGUCUACUUUUUAUUUUGUUCGGGCACAAUUUUUCUAUACUUGCUGCUAUUAAAUGCCAGAGUGUCUUAGCUUGAAAAAAAAGGUGAUGGCAUUUUCCAAUGAUAAAUGGGUAUAAAAAAUAAAACUGGUAAAUGCAUUGUCAACCACUUACACUGCCUGCGGUUUUCGGUUUUCGUUUUUUUUUUUUUUUUUUCCAUCUGCACACUCAUAUAAGGGCUUAUUUUUUGUGGGACCAAUUGUACUUUGUAAUGUCUUUGUUCAUUUUUCCAUACCAUAUUCUCCAAAAUGGAAAAAAAUAAAUAUUUGUGAAAUCUCUUCUUUUUUUUUUUGCCAUUUCCCGUGCAGUCUAAAUGUUUUAGAAAAGAAAAUGAUCACUUUUAUGAUCACUUUAAUGUUUUCAUUUUUUUUGUUUACCCGGCUCUAUCAGGGCUCAUUUUUUGCGCCGUGAUCUGUAGUUUUUACCAGUACUUUUUGAUCACUUUUUUACUUCAUUUUUUCUGAGGUAUGAUGUGAUAAAAAAAAAAUACCAAAGCCCAGAAUUGCAUUUUUUAAAAGUUCACUAUGUUCACCAUACGUUAUAAACAAUGUUAUAUUUUAAUAGUUUAGGAAAUUACGCAUGCUGCAAUACCAAAUAUGUUUAUUUUUUAUGUUUACAUAUUUUCAUAUGGAAUUUGGGAAAAAGGGGGUGAUUCCUUAUACAGGUCAAUGUAGUUCCAUAGAAUGGCAUUGAUCUGUGUGCUCUGCGCUCGACUGAUAAAGCCUUUUGAAGAGAGGCUCUAUCAUUCCCAGAGCCACGGAUGGCACAGGAGGAGAAGUAAGCCCUCCAGCUACCUCUGUGGUGGAUCGGCCACCCAAUUAGACCACCAGGGUCCAUUUAAAUGUCCAUUUAGAUGUCGCUGUCAGCUUUGACAGCAGUGAUCUAACAGGUUAGUAGCCAUUCGUGGCUAACGCCGCAUGCCAGCUAUUAGAGGCAGCUCUCAGCUACUGCAAUCAGCUACUGCUCGAUAUGGCAUGGGAUUGAGUCAGGAGCCCGCGGCAUCCCCCCCAACAGCACAAUGACAUGCGUAUACGCCAUUGGUCGUUAAGGGGUUAAACAGUACCGUUUAAAGUUUUAAACUGUUGUAAUUUACAAUAAUGCACAAAACGUUUUAAAAAACAGUAUAUCCAACAUCUUUUCUGGAAUGCUUGUCAACAUAAUCAGUCCCUGUCCCCACUCACUUAUCAGUAUGUUUUAGGAGUGUGGGAGGAACCAGAGUACCAGAGGAAAGUCACAAAAACAUGGGACUCUUAUUAGCACCACAAGAACACAAACUCUUAUUAUUACCACAAUUCUACUGUAUAAGUGUACAUUAUCUGUAAAGAGGAACAUAUCGAUUUGUAAAGUGUAAUACAAUUUUGCUCUGUAUCUGCUUGAAAUAAAAAAUAAUUAAUAUUUUAACACUGUUGGCUUGUAAUUUUAACUGUAUUGGGUUGCUUAGUCUCU